AUGAUCUCCAAAAGCAUCCUAUCUCCAACUGCAAGAAGCACACUUACCAAGAAUGUGCGAUCUGCCUUUGAUUGUGGUAUUUUGAGCAUUUGGGUUGCGUGUCGAGAUCCUCAGUUUAUCUACCAUGAAGCAUUCUGGGAGAAUGGUAUAGGCCACAGAGUCUACGGCCUAUCAUUCCCUAGCAAAGAGGAUGUACUGGCACUGGUCAGAUCAACAGUUGGUCUACUAACAAAUAUCGACAUCUGCUCAUGGCGCGAUACCGUAGGCGCCGGUGUAACACCAGUGCAAGCUUACCUACCGUUAGAGGAACUUGAAGUCACUUUGGAUUAA